AUGCGCGCCUCACCUCUGCUGUAUGCUUUUGCUCUGGCAUCAUAUGUCGUCGCUGGAGACAUCGAUGCCAAUGACCUUCCAUCAGAGUGCAAGGACGUGUGUGCUUCGGUUGUUAGCCUGACCUCGUCCUGCGACAAGAAAACAAAUAACGAUGACACUGCCGAGCUGGAUUGCAUCUGCAAGGAUCCCCGUGCAGCCAAGAGUCUUCCCGAAUGUGAUGCCUGUAUUACUAAAUACAGCAAAGACGGGCGUGACAAUGAUGCCAACGACCUUGUUCGAUCCUGCUCAUUCACUACCACCGAAUACUCAGCCACAGCUACCUCUGCCUCGGGAAGUCCUGAGAAGUCUAUUAUGACUACUACGGUGUCAGGAUCUUCUACUGUCAUGACGAUGACGGGGUCCAAAUCUGCGACAGGCAGCUCGACUGCUUCCAAUACCGCUGCCACCACCUCCAACGCGGCACUUGCGUCUUUCGAAACAAGCGGCAGUGUGAUGGGUGCACUAUUCGUUAGCUUGAUGGCGCUUGUUGGAGUCUAA